AAUUUUUAAAAAAGCAGUUAAGCAUUUUGUAUUUUAAAGCCAUGAUUUAUUUAUAUAAUUACUUCAAACGUGGCACCUCACACCAGAGUGGAAUGGCUUUUGUUAUGUUUUGUUGUAAUUUUCCAAAACUAUGUAAAAUGAUUGAGAGUUGAGUCUUGACCAGUUCAACGUGUUAGCUUCGAAUAGUUUUGUCAAAGCAAGAAUGGUAGCAAUCAGCGGUUUAAGCGGUUUCAGUUUUUAAUAAAACACACUAUUAUGUAUAAAACGUUUUUAAAAACGGACUUUUUCCAGUUAAAUCGCCCCCAUAGUCCUUGAUUGAAGACCAAGUAACCUCUAAAGAGAAAGUGACAGUUUUCAAAAUAAAGCAUACCUUAGUUGUGUAAUCAUGUAUUUUAGGCUUAUUGGUUUUGUUUUGACAAACUAGUUAUCCUUAGUUACAGAGGACGUGUGGAAAGCCAUAGAAGAUUGUGACCCAGUACAAAUACAGAGACCUAACUGUACGUGAAACUGUCAAUGUUAUUACUCUAUACAAAGAUCUCAAACCUGUUUUGGAUUCAUAUGUUUUUAAUGAUGGCAGUUCCAGGGAACUAAUGAACCUCACUGGAACAAUUCCUGUGCCUUAUAGAGGUAAUACAUAUAAUAUUCCAAUAUGCCUAUGGCUACUGGACACAUACCCAUAUAAUCCCCCUAUCUGUUUUGUUAAGCCUACUAGUUCAAUGACUAUUAAAACAGGAAAGCAUGUUGAUGCAAAUGGGAAGAUAUAUCUUCCUUAUCUACAUGAAUGGAAACACCCACAGUCAGACUUGUUGGGGCUUAUUCAGGUCAUGAUUGUGGUAUUUGGAGAUGAACCUCCAGUCUUCUCUCGUCCUAUUUCGGCAUCCUAUCCACCAUACCAGGCAACGGGGCCACCAAAUACUUCCUACAUGCCAGGCAUGCCAGGUGGAAUCUCUCCAUACCCAUCCGGAUACCCUCCCAAUCCCAGUGGUUACCCAGGCUGUCCUUACCCACCUGGUGGUCCAUAUCCUGCCACAACAAGUUCUCAGUACCCUUCCCAGCCUCCUGUGACCACUGUUGGUCCCAGUAGGGAUGGCACAAUCAGCGAGGACACCAUCCGAGCCUCUCUCAUCUCAGCGGUCAGUGACAAACUGAGAUGGCGGAUGAAGGAGGAAAUGGAUCGUGCCCAGGCAGAGCUCAAUGCCUUGAAACGAACAGAAGAAGACCUGAAAAAGGGUCACCAAAAACUGGAAGAGAUGGUUACCCGUUUAGAUCAAGAAGUAGCCGAGGUUGAUAAAAACAUAGAACUUUUGAAAAAGAAGGAUGAAGAACUCAGUUCUGCUCUGGAGAAAAUGGAAAAUCAGUCUGAAAACAAUGAUAUCGAUGAAGUUAUCAUUCCCACAGCUCCCUUAUACAAACAGAUCCUGAAUUUGUAUGCAGAAGAAAACGCUAUUGAAGACACUAUCUUUUACUUGGGAGAAGCCUUGAGAAGGGGAGUGAUAGACCUGGAUGUCUUCCUGAAGCAUGUACGUCUUCUGUCCCGUAAACAGUUCCAGCUGAGGGCACUAAUGCAAAAAGCAAGAAAGACUGCCGGUCUCAGUGACCUCUACUGACUUCUCUGAUACCAGCUAGAAGUUGAGCUCUUCUUAAAGUAUUCUUUUCUUCUCUUCCUUUCUCUUAUCAGUAGGUGCCCAGAAUAAGUUAUUGCAGUUUAUCAUUCAAGUGUAAAAUAUUUUGAAUCAAUAAUAUAUUUUCUGUUUUCUUUUGGUAAAGACUGGCUUUUAUUAAUGCACUUUCUAUCCUCUGUAAACUUUUUGUGCUGAAUGUUGGGACUGCUAAAUAAAAUUUGUUGCAUAA